AUGUCUCUAGACACCACUCUUUCUCCCAAUGUUGGCUCAUGGCUUCAGAAUGCAACCUCCAUUGUCAUGAAACUCAACGACGGUGAGGACUUUACGACGCUACUCACCGCAACCAACGGGUUUAUCCUCCUCGGGACGGUCCUCGCUGGCUACGUUAUCCGUCUGAGCGUCAAGGGUUCGCAAACGCGACCUGGCGAGCCCCCGCUCCUUCCUGGGGCCGUUCCUCUACUUGGUCACGCAUUAAAAUUCGGAAGCGACUCGAACGGGCUCUACGAGAAUGCGCGUGAUUGGUCGCCAAAUGCCGAACCCGUGUCACUUUCUCUAAUGGGGAAACGGGUGUAUUUGCUCCUAAACGCGCGCGAUGUGAAUGCAGGAUGGCGGGCGAAAUCACUCUCGUUCGACCCUGUGUGCGAAUGGGGCUUGUCCACCAUGUUUGGAAUGUCAGUUGAGGGGGUCAAACAAAUGGGCACCGAUCCAGACGGACUAGGAGGCAUGACUGAAAACCAACACGCCUUUUGGAGGGACGCUCUCGCUCCUGGAGAUGCUCUAAAUCUCAUCACGCAGCGGUUCAUGAACCAGCUCGACUCUGACUUGGCGGACUAUGAGCGCAGCGUUCGUGAAGCUGGGUCCGUGACGGCAGAACUCAGGGACUGGACACGAACGAGAUUGGGGAUCCAAUCGACAAACGCAUUUGCUGGAAAAGCUCUACUGGAGAAGGAUCCAAAGAUGUUACACAAGCUGGCGAUUUGGGACCUCGACUUUUAUCUGCUGUCCAUUGGGCUCCCAAAAUGGAUGCUCUCUCGCGCCAACAAGAACCUCGAGAGCAUGAUUCAGACAUGGAUUGAUAUCAAUAGGACUGGCUCAUCCGAGGUAUAUCAUCCCAUGAUGCGGAGAUUGGAGAUGAUGGAAGUUCGUGGAGCGUCAGAGUGGGACAAAGGAUCGGCAAACUUUUGCUUAUGGAUGGCAACUCAAGCCAACGCACUACCGAUAGAGUUCUGGUUUGUCUACCAAAUCGCCCUCAACAAGUCCCUUCAGCCGACUUUAUUGGCGGAAAUUGGUCCCGCGUUCGACGAAAACAACAAGAUUGUCAAUCUCAACCACCUCUUGCACAAUGCACCACUCCUCAACUCGAUUUAUUGGGAAUCACUCCGAUACACCAGCGGAGCCGUCUCCGUUCGUGAGGUGCUCGAAGACACCGUGAUCAACGGAUAUACAUUCUACGCAGGUUCAAUGGUCAUGUCGCCCAUGCGCAUCCUCAACUUUAGCAAAGACACCUUUGGACCCGACGCCAACGACUUUGUACCAGACCGCUUCGUUCGCCCGCACAAUCCAGAAAAGGGACAAUAUAACCCGGGUAUCAAGGUGGUUAAAUCGUUUGGUGGCGGCGUGACUCUGUGUCCCGGACGGCACUUCGCCGGGAACGAGAUCCUCGCCUUUACCGCGUCGAUUCUCCAGCGGUUCAAGAUUGAGUUGGUCGAAGGACAAAAGAUCGCAUACCCGCUCACAAGCGCACCUGUCGUUGGCACAUUCCCGGCCGACCGCGAAGUAUUUGUCCGAUUAUCCCCUCGUAAUUAG